ACAUGACACCGCCUCCGCCGCAAACUUUUUCCUCCCCAUCCUGUCGCGGCUCGCCAGGAAUGGAAAAUGGCGGCCUAGGCGCGGAGUUUCCUGCCCGGGCGGCGGCGGCUCUCGCGGCGGCGCCAUGACGCGCUGGGUGCCCACCAAGAGAGAGGAGAAAUACGGCGUGGCGUUUUAUAACUACGAUGCCAGGGGAGCGGAUGAACUUUCUUUACAAAUAGGAGACACUGUGCACAUCUUGGAAACAUAUGAAGGGUGGUACAGAGGUUAUACCUUAAGAAAAAAGUCCAAGAAGGGUAUAUUUCCUGCUUCAUAUAUUCAUCUUAAAGAAGCCAUAGUUGAAGGAAAAGGGCAGCAUGAAACGGUCAUCCCGGGCGAGCUCCCGCUCAUACAGGAAGUCACCACGACACUCCGCGAGUGGUCCACCAUUUGGAGGCAGCUCUACGUGCAAGACAACAGGGAGAUGUUCCGAAGCGUGCGGCACAUGAUCUACGACCUCAUUGAGUGGCGGUCGCAGAUUCUUUCUGGAACUCUGCCGCAGGAUGAGCUCAAAGAACUGAAGAAGAAGGUCACUGCCAAAAUUGAUUAUGGAAACAGAAUUCUCGACCUGGACUUGGUGGUGAGAGAUGAAGACGGGAACAUUUUGGAUCCAGAACUAACUAGCACGAUUAGUCUCUUUAGAGCUCACGAAAUAGCUUCUAAACAAGUGGAGGAAAGAUUGCAGGAAGAAAAGUCCCAAAAGCAGAACGUAGAUAUUAACAGACAAGCGAAGUUUGCUGCCACCCCUUCUCUGGCCUUGUUUGUCAACCUCAAAAAUGUGGUUUGUAAAAUCGGGGAAGAUGCCGAGGUGCUCAUGUCUCUUUAUGACCCUGUGGAGUCCAAAUUCAUCAGUGAAAACUACCUGGUUCGCUGGUCCAGUUCAGGAUUGCCUAAAGAUAUAGACAGAUUACAUAAUUUGCGAGCUGUCUUUACUGACCUCGGAAGCAAAGACCUGAAAAGGGACAAAAUCAGUUUUGUUUGUCAAAUCGUUCGAGUGGGUCGCAUGGAGCUGAGGGACAACAACACCAGGAAACUGACCUCAGGCUUGCGGCGGCCUUUCGGAGUGGCCGUGAUGGAUGUAACAGAUAUCAUAAAUGGGAAAGUUGACGACGAAGACAAGCAGCACUUCAUUCCCUUUCAGCCGCUCGCGUUGGACGACGCCAUUCGACACAAGCCGCUGAACAUGUCAUCCCGUUUUUCACCCAGGGUGGCAGGGGAGAAUGACUUCCUUCAGACUGUUAUAAACAAAGUCAUUGCUGCCAAAGAAGUCAACCACAAGGGCCAGGGUUUGUGGGUAACACUGAAAUUACUUCCUGGAGAUAUCCAUCAGAUUAGAAAAGAGUUUCCUCACUUAGUGGACAGGACCACAGCAGUGGCUCGGAAGACGGGGUUUCCGGAGAUAAUCAUGCCUGGUGAUGUUCGAAAUGAUAUCUACGUAACAUUAGUUCAAGGAGAUUUUGAUAAAGGAAGCAAAACCACAGCAAAGAAUGUGGAGGUUACAGUGUCUGUUUACGAUGAAGACGGAAAACGGCUGGAGCAUGUGAUUUUCCCGGGUGCUGGUGAUGAAGCGAUUUCAGAGUACAAGUCUGUGAUUUACUACCAAGUAAAACAGCCACGUUGGUUUGAGACCGUUAAGGUGGCCAUUCCCAUUGAGGACGUCAACCGCAGUCACCUUCGGUUUACCUUCCGCCACAGGUCAUCCCAGGACUCCAAGGAUAAAUCUGAGAAAAUAUUCGCACUAGCCUUUGUAAAGCUGAUGAGAUACGACGGGACCACGCUGAGGGACGGGGAGCACGAUCUCAUCGUCUACAAGGCGGAGGCGAAGAAGCUGGAGGACGCCGCCACGUACCUGAGCCUGCCGUCCACGAAAGCAGAGCUCGAGGAAAAGGCGCACUCGGCCACCGGCAGGAGCAUGCAGAGUCUUGGGAACUGCACGAUCAGCAAAGACUCCUUCCAGAUCUCAACUCUCGUGUGCUCCACCAAACUUACCCAGAACGUGGACCUGCUGGGGCUCUUGAAGUGGCGUUCCAACACCAGCCUGCUGCAGCAGAACUUGAGACAGCUGAUGAAGGUGGACGGCGGCGAGGUGGUGAAGUUCCUCCAGGACACCUUGGACGCCCUCUUCAACAUUAUGAUGGAGAACUCUGAGAGUGAGACGUUUGACACGCUUGUGUUUGAUGCUCUGGUAUUUAUCAUUGGACUAAUUGCUGACAGAAAAUUUCAGCAUUUUAAUCCUGUUCUGGAAACCUACAUCAAGAAACACUUCAGUGCAACGCUGGCCUACACGAAGCUGACAAAAGUGUUAAGGAACUACGUGGACAAUGCCGAGAAGCCAGGAGUAAGCGACCAGCUGUACAGAGCCAUGAAGGCUUUGGAGUACAUCUUCAAGUUCAUCGUACGCUCUAGGGUCCUGUUCAAUCAACUAUAUGAAGACAAAGGGGAGGCUGACUUCAUGGAGUCCCUGCUGCAGCUGUUCAGAUCCAUCAGCGACAUGAUGAGCAGCGUGUCGGACCAGACCGUCAGGGUGAAGGGGGCGGCGUUGAAGUACUUGCCGACUAUUGUCAACGAUGUGAAAUUGGUGUUCGAUCCCAAAGAGCUCAGCAAAAUGUUCACUGAUUUCAUCCUAAAUGUUCCCAUGGGUUUGCUGACCAUUCAGAAGCUGUAUUGCUUGAUUGAAAUCAUUCACAGUGACCUCUUCACACAGCACGACUGCAGAGAGAUCCUGCUUCCCAUGAUGACAGAUCAGCUCAAGUACCAUCUGGAGAGACAGGAAGACCUGGAGGCCUGUUGCCAGCUGCUCAGCACCAUCCUGGAGGUUCUCUACAGGAAGGACGUGGGGCCAACUCAGAGGCAUGUCCAGAUAAUCAUGGAGAAGCUUCUCCGGACAGUGAACCGAACCGUCAUUUCCAUGGGGCGGGAUUCCGAGCUCAUCGGAAACUUCGUGGCUUGUAUGACAGCGAUUUUACGGCAAAUGGAAGAUUACCAUUAUGCCCAUUUGAUCAAGACUUUUGGAAAAAUGAGGACUGACGUUGUGGAUUUCCUGAUGGAAACAUUCAUCAUGUUUAAGAACCUCAUUGGGAAGAACGUCUACCCUUUUGACUGGGUGAUAAUGAACAUGAUGCAGAAUAAAGUCUUCCUGCGAGCGAUUAAUCAGUAUGCAGAUAUGCUGAACAAAAAAUUUCUGGAUCAAGCCAACUUUGAGCUACAGCUUUGGAACAAUUACUUCCACCUGGCUGUUGCUUUCCUCACUCAGGAGUCCUUGCAACUGGAGAAUUUUUCAAGUGCGAAGAGAGCCAAAAUCCUUAACAAGUAUGGAGAUAUGAGGAGGCAGAUCGGCUUCGAAAUCAGAGACAUGUGGUACAACCUCGGUCAACACAAGAUAAAGUUCAUUCCAGAAAUGGUCGGCCCGAUAUUAGAAAUGACGCUAAUUCCUGAGACAGAACUGCGCAAAGCCACCAUCCCCAUCUUCUUCGAUAUGAUGCAGUGUGAAUUCCAUUCGACGCGAAGCUUCCAGAUGUUUGAAAAUGAGAUCAUCACCAAGCUGGAUCAUGAAGUGGAAGGAGGCCGAGGAGAUGAACAGUACAAAGUGUUAUUUGAUAAAAUCCUCUUGGAGCACUGCAGGAAGCACAAAUACCUCGCCAAAACAGGAGAAACUUUCGUCAAACUCGUUGUGCGCCUGAUGGAAAGACUCCUGGAUUACAGAACCAUCAUGCAUGAUGAGAACAAAGAAAAUCGCAUGAGCUGCACUGUCAACGUGCUGAAUUUCUACAAAGAAAUUGAAAGAGAAGAAAUGUACAUAAGAUACCUGUACAAGCUGUGUGACCUACACAGAGAGUGUGACAACUACACGGAGGCGGCCUACACCUUGCUUCUCCACGCAAAACUUCUGAAGUGGUCGGAGGACGUGUGUGCGGCCCACCUCACCCAGCGGGACGGGUACCAGGCGACGACACAGGGCCAGCUGAAGGAACAGCUCUACCAGGAAAUCAUCCACUACUUCGACAAAGGCAAGGCCAUAGCACCUUCAUCCAUUCAGACAUGAGAGACCUACAUGGGAUGGGAAAUCCAGAGGUUGCUGAAUAGGAGUCUUCCCCCAACAAUUGCCUGGAGAAACAGCUGACUUGCAGAGGAACGGCUGAAACCUGGCAUCCCAUAACACGUCUUCACUGAGGACUCCUAGGGGGCUCAGUUGGUUAAGCAUCUGCCUUUGGCCCAGGUCAUGAUCCCACGCCCACGGUCCCAGAAUCAAGGCCCACGUUGGCUCCAUGCUUAUCAAAGAGUCUGCUUCUCCCUCCCUCUGCCUCUGCUCAUGUGCUUUUUCUCUUUCUCAAAUAAAUAAAUAAACAAAUAAAAUCUGAAAACAAAACAAAACAAAAAGCGUCUUCACCAGUGAGUCACUUAAACUAGUAAGUGAAUUAAACUAGCAUUGUCCGCGCGGUCCAGCGAGUCAGCGCCAGCCCGAAUUAUCAGAAAGGGACGGUUGUCCCGGCUGGCGUCUUCUCUCUCGUCUGCCACGGCUCCUUGGUCCAGGGAGGUCAGUGUUGUUCUGCCCGAGUGGCUCACCAUCAACUGAGUCGUUCUCCAUAGGAAAUCCGUAGCUCUUCUGUUCUCUACAGCCACUGCUGUCUGGGAAUUAAGGGAAGAGUUUCAUCAGAGGAAGAAAAAAAAAGAGUUUCGGGCGCCAGGUGGCUCAUUCGGUUGAACAUCCACCUUGGUUUUGGCUCAGGUCAUGAUCUCAGGGUCAUGAGAUCCAGGCCUGCAAGGAGCCUGGUGUCUGCUUGAGAUUCUCUCUCUCUCCCUGCCCCUCCCACUUGUGCGCGCUCUCUCUCUCUCAAAUAAAUAAAUCUUUUUUUAAAAAAAGAAAGGAAAAAAAAUUAUAUUCAUGAAACGUGAAGAAAUGGGACUUCCAGAAACUGGGAGGUUCAGAAUGGUGGGGACAAGAUGGUCCUCUCAAGCCUGAAGGAGCCAAGACCCUCUGACGGCAAGAGCUGGUGGGACGGCGCUCUGCGCUGCGAGGAACCCGCGGUGUCAAGACGCGGUGAAGUGGGUUAAGGAUUUUAAUCAGAAAACAGGCCCAUGUGAGGAUCUGGUGCUAUUUCAUUCAGGGCUAUGGUAAACCUCAUUGCCUAGCCCAGAAGCUGAGGCAGGACGUUCAAACCCACAGGUCAAAGCAAUUCUUUCCUGGAGGUCAUCUCGGUCUUGAUCGCAUGGAAUCUGUCUUCUCCCUGGCACUGAAGCAUCUUUCAGGGUGUUCAUAUCGGAAAUAGGAAUUGCCCCCCCCCUGCUCCUUUGAGCCCUAUCCAAUUAAAAUCUCCCUAAUGCAGAAUCCUUUAAGGCCCUGGGCGGGGGAGGGAGUGGGGAGAAGGUGUAUUUAUAGAGAAUCUGAUAGAAAACACAAUUGUGUCACCUUAGGGUGAGUCGGAUAAGAUAUUUACUCAAGACUAACAUUUCUUUUAAAAACAAUUACUUUUGAUAUGUAUCUAAAGCAUCUCAUCUGUCUUUUAGGAUAAAAACAGAUUAAGCUUUUACUUGGUAAUAAAUUAGAUGCCCAAACAUUCUAGGCAGCUAAUAGAGUAUGUGUUUGCUUGCACAAAACUUAAACAAAAUUCUCUUGACAGAGAAUCACAAGUAAAGGUAAUGUUUUCUUUGAAAUGGAAAGACUCUAAGGAAUUGGUCACUGGAGCUUUAAAGAAAUACAAAGUGUGAGAGGCUUCUCCUUCCUAGAAAUGUGAGUUUGGGCUCCGGCAGAGGACCCAGGAGGAUCUGAGGCUGCAGAUUAAAACAGAGAAUGCAGGGCAGCUCUGAACGCUCCAGCGGGAUGGAGACUUGAUGACUUUAGGGAGGGGAACAGGUGCGCGGACCCAGGAAGGUCACCUUGGCCACUUUCUCUUCCCUGGGCACUGGUCCCAUCUCAGAAAUCUUUCUCUACUCUGGGCUUAUUUUUAUUUUGUCUUGCAGAGUAUUAAAGUGUAACUCUUAUUCCAGAAUAGCUUUUUUCCUCCUAAAAAAUAGCAGAUGGUUUAUUUAAGUAGUGGCUCUAAAGAGUAUUUUAUAUUUUAAAUCUAUUGGGCUGUUUAUUAAUAGAUAAGGCCCACAAUGGUCAUUCUCCUAAGAAGCAAAGACCAACCAGCAGAGGACUCCUUAGCAACAAGGAUGUGCCAGGAAGGGGCCCAGCAGCUUGUUUCUCAGCAGGAGUUCAUGGAGUUCAGCUGGGGUUCAUGGUUAGCCUAGUAUCCUCUCAAACCCAUCCCAGUAGGAGGGGGUGGGAGAAGCUGGAAAUGCUCUGACAUCAUCGUCGUUACGGGCUGAAUGUUUGUGUUCCUCCCUCCCCACACCGAACCACCAAAUUCAUCUGUUGAUCUACCACCUAAUAGUAUUCGGAGAUGGAACUUUGGGACGUGAUUAUGUUCAUAUUGGGUCAUGAGUAGGCUUGGCGCCAUGAUGGGAUUCCUGCUCUUCUACGAAGAAGAAGAGAGCUCGCGUAAGGCCCUUGGAGCACACGGUGAGAAGGUGCUGGCCCACAAGUCAAGACGAGAGCCCACAUCAAGAACCGAAUCUGCCUGCACCUUGAUCUUGGACGUUCCAGCUUCUAGAACUGUGAGAAAUAAAUGUCUGCUGUUUAAGCCGCCCCAUCUACAGUGCUUUAUUAUAUAUAGCAGCCCAAAUUAUGACAGCCAUCAAAAGCAAGAACUUUGGAAGAAGAUCCGGUUGAGCCAGGUAUACCUCUCUGUGCCCUUGGGCAACUUACUGAUCUGUCUGAUCCCCAACCUCCUUAUCUGCAAAAUGGGUAUAAUGAAGUCCCACCUGACAAGGCAGGGGAUUUGCUGGACAGAGAGCAAGCUCGGAGUCACUUGUCCUGACUUGAGCACUGCCAUCUUGUGGGAAUAGUGGCAGUAGGGAAACGGAUGGUUCCUGGCUGCGGACAUGUGGGGGACAUGUGGGGGACAUGUGGGGGAUGGUGCCAUGCUUUCCUGGUUUGAAGUCAGCAAACUUCAGUUCUUUUGAUAAACAUUCUUGAGCAAACCCUCGGCUGUGGUCCAGUGGUUUCCACUAACGCUCAGUUCCUCAAGGGGAUUGCGGUCACUGAGAAGGAAUGACAGAGAAGCACUUCAGUUUCUCUACAUAACCAGAAGGUUGGAAGUCAGGGGAUGCUGGGUCAUCGAGAGGGCAUGAGAGUUGGCACCCAGAAAGCCUUCCUGGAGGAGAUGGUUCCUCCAUAUGUGACCUAUUCUUCUUGAGUAAACCACUUAAUUUUCCCCAAGAAAAAUAAGGGAAGUUCAGGUCUUACUGUAUGCAUCAGCAAAGUAUUCUGUAUGUCAAAAUUUAUCAGCUUUCUAAUAAGUCAGUUACCUGAUUGGAAAUCCUCUUUCAAACUAAUACCCCAGAAAGUUCCCUCUUUCAGAGUUAACACAAAGCAACUCCUUGUGAGCUUCCAUUUGGAGCUGAAAUACAUCCUCUUCUUUCUGACAGUCCAGCGUUUGUUUAAUGGGACAACUGGGGAAAGGAGCAAAGCCAGGCUCCUUGUAGCGUCUCCUGUACGGUGGCUCCUUCCGCUGGCUCCCCUGUUGCUCCGACCAGCGGACUUCAGCAGCCGUGCCUGGCAGCCAGAGAGAGGACAGAGUGGGCCAGACCUGGUGGGCAGACUGCUCUGACCUUGGGCAGAGGCCAGCAUGACUGACCAGCCAGUAGUGGACCCGUUUAGUCACUGACGUCUGGUCAUGAGCCAAAAGACUGUAGGCUCUAGAAAAUGCUUGUAUUUUUGUGACAUUAUUCCUGUGGUGUUUUCAGAUUCGGCCAGCGUGUUUCCAGAUUGUUAAAUGAUGUUAAAUAAAUUCUUUGACUGCAUGAUUCCGCGUUGGGUUUCUCUUUCUCCUUUUUCUUUCUUUUUCCUCACAGAUGUGGGAGGAAGCCAUUGCUCUUGGUAAGGAACUUGCCGAACAGUAUGAAAACGAGAUGUUUGAUUACGAACAGCUCAGUGAGUUGCUG